UUUAUAUGUUGCCAUAUGAUACCUGUGAUGUCUAUGGGAAUUGCGGACCCAAUAGCAUGUGCACGAUCAGCAAUUCUCCAAUAUGUAGCUGCAUGAUUGGUUAUCAACCGAAGUCACAGGCAGAGUGGGAUACAUUUGUGUGGAGUAGUGGGUGUGUCAGUAAGAACCCAUUUAAUUGUUCUAAAGGAGAAGGGUUUAAGAGGCUCAAAGGUGUGAAAAUGCCUGAUUUGUUGCAGUUCACGAUGAACACGAGCAUGAGCCUUAAGGAAUGUGAAUUAGAGUGCUUCAAGAACUGCUCAUGCAGGGCCUACGCGAACAUAGAUGCCACUGGAGGUGGAAGUGGCUGUCUCCUAUGGUUUGGAGAUCUUCUUGACGUCAGAAAACUCAGCGUAUAUGCAAAUCAAGAUCUUUACAUUCGCGUUUCAGCCUCAGACCUUGAUUCAGUGAACUCCAAGUGGAAAGAAUGGGUAGCAGUGGCAACCUCUGUGGCAUUUGUCGCGCUUUUGGUGGUGCUUUAUUUCUGCAUUAUUUGGAAGAGGAAAAAACAUGCUCAAGGGAUAACAUUCGACCUUCCAGCUGAAGAUGAGAAUAGCUUACAGCUUCUGAUCUUUGAUAGGGUCACCAUUUUACGGGCAACUAACAACUUUUGUGAUUCAAAUAAGUUAGGAGAAGGUGGUUUUGGCCCCGUAUACAAGGGUCAGCUGCCAAAUGGGCAAGAAAUAGCAAUCAAGAGAUUGUCAGAAGACUCUCGGCAGGGUCUCAAUGAAUUCAAGAAUGAGGUCAUGUUGAUCGCAAAGCUUCAGCACCGAAAUCUUGUGAAGCUUAUGGGGUGUUGCAUCGAAGAAGAGAGGAUGCUAAUCUACGAGUACAUGCCUAAUGGAAGCCUAGACUCUUUCAUAUUUGGUAAAACAAGGGAAAAUUCUCUUGUAUGGAGAAUGAGAUUCGACAUAAUUGUAGGAAUUGCGAGGGGCCUUCUUUAUCUCCAUCAAGAUUCGAGAUUGAGAAUCAUACAUAGGGAUCUCAAAGCAAGCAAUGUGUUACUCAACAAUGAGAUGAACCCUAAAAUUUCAGAUUUUGGCAUGGCUAGAGUCUUUGGUGGAGAUCUAUCUCUAGUGAAGACUAAGAGGAUAGUCGGCACUUAUGGUUACAUGGCGCCAGAAUACGCAAUAGAUGGGCUUUUCUCAACAAAAUCAGACAUUUUUAGCUUUGGAGUAGUGUUGCUGGAGAUAAUAAGCGGAAAGAGGAAUAGAGAGUUCAAUCAUCCAGACCAUUGCUUCAAUCUUCUUGGACAUGCUUGGAUGUUGUGGCUUGAAAGGAAGGCGAGCGACUUCAUAGAUCCACAACUUCCGAAUUCUUUCGAUCUGUCAGAAGUCGUAAAAUGCAUACACGUCGGGCUAUUAUGCGUGCAACGGCAUCCUGACGAUAGACCAAGUAUGUCGACAGUGCUUCUGAUGUUGGACAGUGAGAGCGCUUCGCUACCACAGCCCAAGCAGCCCGGUUUCUACAUUGAGAGGAGCUCUGAAAACACAAAAGUUGAAAUGAGUGGAAGAGAUUGUAACUCAAAUGAGAUUACCAUAACAUUAUUAGAAGGUAGAUAGAUUGCCAAGCAUAUGUA